AUGGACGACAAUGGAACUAAUCCCACCGGUGGUGCAGCCGGAAACUUGAAGAACGCGAUUAUAGCGUUUCUGGUUCCUCUUCCCUCCAUUCUAUUCUACCUCUCCUUCCUCCGCCAUUUUCAUGAUCAUCCUAUUAUAACUGAUGAUGGAGACUCUCUCGCUUCUCUGUGGACAUGGUGCUAUAGCCACCCUCUACUGUUAGCCAACCUCCUUUUCUUCCUCAAC